AUGGCUGGUAUAAAGCUACAGUAAUUAAGUAAUUUUAAUAUUUAUCUUAAUUCCGAAAAAUAAUAUCAAGGGUUUAAAACUGCUAUAGGUCUGUAUUAGUUGUAUUUGGCAAUUUAUGGAUAUACUUAUUUAAAGGGAUUAUCCUAGCUUCACAGAAAUAAAUAUUAGCUUCCAGCAUAUUAUUACUCAAGAUAUUAAAAAUCAGUAUUAGAGGUAUUUUAAAAAAAGGAAUCCGAACUCCUAUCUCUUGUUAUUGCUCUGGCUUUGGACAUCCAACCUUCCAGUUCUUAGACUUUCUCCUUUGAUAAGGGUAUAAGGUUAGUUCUUACGAUGAAAGGAAUCAAAAUACCAUCAGAAGAAAUUGCUUAGUUUGAGGACAUUUUUGAAAAUUCCAAAUUAGAGGGCAUGAAGAAUAUGUAAUUUUUUUAUUAAUCAUAUGGAUAUGGAGAUGAGCUCUAAUUUAUCCGUACAUUAAAAUUAAAGCAUUUUUGUUAAGAUUUAACAAUUUUAUUGAAAUAUCCUUGA